UGUGCUGCGAAGCCUGCUCCUCUUUGCUCAGAAUGGAGAGAGGUCUGACAAGCAGACUAUAAUAUACCUAGUUUGACUCUUGUUCGCUGUAGGAUAUUUAGGGACACUCUGGGCUGAAGGACCACAAAUAAGAUGUGGUGAAAUUACAUUGCUGGACCACUGGUGAAAGGAUGCCCAGACAUUAGGGGGAGUAACAAAUCACACAGAAGACAUGGACCGUGUGAACAGAAACACGCCUGAUCAUGGACGACAAACACAUCAGGUGCUACAGAGCACUCCUCUGGACCUAAUAGAGACAGGGAAGGGGCUUAAGGUUCAAGCAGAACGCCCCCAUCUGGUCAGUCUUGGGAGCGGCCGACUCAGCACAGCCAUCACAUUGUUGCCCCUGCCUGAGGGGAAGACUACACUGGGCCAUGAAGCUGUGGACAUCAACAUCCAGGGUCCUGGAGUUGCAGCCCAGCACUGUUUCAUUGAGAACAAGGCUGGAAUAAUCGUCCUAAACCCCUGUGGAAAUCAGUGUAGCAUAGAUGGACUUCCAGUCACCAAGCCUGUACGCCUGUCUCAAGGCUGCAUGCUGUGUUUUGGACAGUCGUCCUUCUUCCGCUUCAACCACCCAGAGGAGGCUUUCAGAAUGAAGAGCAUGAGGCCAGAAGGACAUCUUAGAACCAGCACCAAUAAAGACACAGAGAGCUUUGUCAAUGGGAACCACCAGUCAGGAGGACCUGAGUCUCACCCAUCCGGUCACGAGAGAGUGCGUCCUGUGCACAGUGCUAUUGUCAGUUCCAUUGAAAAGGACCUUCAGGACAUUAUGGACUCCUUAGUCAUGGAUGAUCCUCUGCCAUCUUCCUCCUCCUGUGACCCCAAUAAGCCAUCCAGUCCCCAUGCUGCUCAGUCCCCGUUGUCCCCCAUGUUAAACGGAGGCGGUCGCUAUCUCCUCUCACCCCCAAUGAGCCCUGGUGCUAUGUCUGUGGGCUCCAGUUAUGAGAAUACCUCUCCGCCCUUCUCCCCUCUAUCCUCACCCUCAGCUGCAAGUAGUGGAAGCUUCAACAGCCUUUCACCAAGUGGUUACCAGGACCAGAUUCCUGCUCUUCCUCCAGUUCCGGUCAGGUCCUCCAGUUACAAUUACACGAGCCAGCCACCCGUACCUCAACCUCGGACUAUGCUGCCUAACCCGAAGGUGCCUGAGAGCCCUCGGUUACAGAGAAAGGCUCUAUUGGAAGCCCCACCAAGCCCUAAACCAGCUCGCAGGGGGCUGAGUCAGGAUAGCCCUGUGGGGAAGUCCUUAGACAGCUCCCGACUGCCCCCAAUGUUGCCUUCAGUUUCAGUAUCUUCAGUAUGCAGUGACGCAUCAUCUGUCAGACUAGCUGUACCAUCCAGUCCCAAACUGACAUCCAAAUUUUCCACAGCAUCAAAUUUGUCCCCUCUUUGUCCCAGAGUAAAAAUGACUAGCAGUCUUCAGGAUCAUCCAUCCAAUCUGUUUCAUGAUCAGUCACAGUCAGAUCGCUCACUCACUUCUAGCCCCUCCCAGCUUCUCUCUCCUCCACCUCGGGCAUUCCAGCCCCCCCUGGACCCAAUUGUUCACAUAAUCCAGGGUGGACAACCACAGCCAAACUCACUUCAACCUCCAGAAAGUCCUCGGCUGGCCCGCAGGAACCUAGAGGCUGGCUGUGGCAAUAGCGUGAGGGAUCUGCCACCUCUCAGCCCCUCCCUGGCACGUAGAGGAGUACCAGUACUACCAGGUGCACUUUCAGGAACCCUCCCAACCUGGUCCUCAGAGAGCCCUACUGCUAAGAUAGUUCCAGAGAGUCCCAGACAGAGACGCAAGGCCUCCUCUCCCUCUCAGGAACUAUACAGUCCCCGACUAGUGCGUGCCCGCAGCCCCUCCCCCACCUCAGAUAAUGGUGGACGCAAAGGAAGCUUUGGAAAGACUCUUUCUCCUGCCUACAGUCUAGGCUCUCUUCCUGGAUCUUCACCCUUAGCUAGUCCCAGGAACCAAAGAAAGAUGUCAGCAGGGCACAGGGACUUGCGGAUUGGCCACCCAGGCAUGAGGGAGCGCAAGAAUAGCAUCACAGAGAUCAGUGACAACGAAGACGAGUUGCUGGAAUACCACCGGCGCCAGCGCGAAGAGCGCCUUAGGGAGCAGGAAAUGGAAAGACUGGAACGGCAGCGACUAGAGACCAUCCUGAACCUCUGUGCCGAGUACAAUAAGAACGACGGGCCGAGCGUGAUGGGUCUCCCCAGGCCCACUAUGAUACAGAGACAGAGGGAGAGUGAUGAGGAGAAUCUGAGAGAGGAGUGUAGCAGUACAGAGAGUACACACCAGGACAGGAGGACGCCAAACAGCCUGCAGAAUGGAGACAACACACAGCUGGAAGAGACAUCAGGCAGUGGGACGAGACUGGAACUGAGUUAUCUGGAGGAGGAACGGGUGCGAGUGCUGGCGAGGGUUGAUGAGCUGAAGACUCGGCUCAUGGAGCUGGAACAGCAGCUACAGGAGAACAAACAGGAGGCGGAGAUGGAAAGGGCCUUGCUACAGGGUGAGAGGGAGGCAGAACUUGGCCAGAUUGAGACUGAGACUGAUGUCAUCACCCAGCUGCAGCACAAAGUCAAUGAACUGGACAGCACCUUCCAGAGGGAAAAAGACAAGGAGAGGGCGAACGUUGACAGCCAGCGGGAAGCCCUGGAGAGGCUUCAGGAUGGCUACAAUGAGCUGAAGAGCCAGCUGCAUAACUGCCCUGAGUCUCUAAGGGAGCAGUUGCAGGAGCAACUCAAAAGGGAAGCAGAGACCCUGGAGGCUGAGACGAAGCAGUUUGAGGACCUGGAGUUUCAGCAGCUGGAGAAGGAGAGCAGUCUGGAGGAGGAGCGGGAGACAAUUUCACAACAGCUAAUGCAAGAGAAAGCUCAGUAUCAAAGCAGCGUGGCCAAGAGAAAGGACAAGGUUGCAGCGCUAGAGAAACAGGCCAAUCAGCUGGGCCUGCAGGCUGCACAGGAGUGUGAAAAGCUGGCUAAGGACAGGAGCGUCACCCUGCAGCUGCUUCAGAAGGAGAAGGAGAGGCUGGCUGGUCUGGAGAAGAGAUACUUCAGCUUAACUGGAGGCAGAACUUUUCCCAAAGGCUCCAGCACAUUAAAAGAGGGUUACUGCAGGAUGGCAGAUGCCUGUAGGAUGUAUGUGAGCGAAACCCAGCUGGCCAAAUCUGCUUCACAUGACCUCUCUAUUAGACUUGACCCAGCAGUAACUGCCCCUUGCGAGGACUAUGUUACGGUGGGCCAAUUAAACCAGAUCUAUGGGAUGCCGAAGGUGGAUUCCUCCCCCACCUCUCCUGCCCAAUUGCGUCACCCCACCUUCACUGAUCCUGCCUUUUCCUGUCUUCCUUCUCCUCAUGGCUCCUCUCUAUCUCUCUGUUUUGAGAGUCAGCUGGAGCGGCUUCGGCCUCAGAUCCCAAGGCUAGAUUUAGAGCGCUGGUACCAGGAGGUGAUGGCAGCUGGAGAUCCCAGCCAGCUAUGCCAGCCUCCUCUCCCAGCUAAAGAUCACUCAGCACACAGACCUCUGCAGGUGUACCGCUCCAGGCUAGACAGCGAUGCCAGUCAGUCCUCACAGAAGCCCAGAGUGAGUGCUGGACUUUCCCCCACCACCUACACCACCACAAGCGCCACACUUGGCCGCAACACUUCCUCCAGGAGUCCCAUCAUGGUGGUCAACAGCACCGGCAGUCUCCCUCGCAACCUCGCAGCCACUUUACAGGACAUCGAGAUGAAGAGACAGCUGGCGCUGCAACAGAAAGACUACCUGCCAUCAUCGCCUGAGUUUUCCACCAUGGACAGUCCCACAGGUCAGCAGGUGAUAGAGGAGCAGCGGCGUCGUCUGGCCGAGCUGAAGCAGAAGGCUGCAGCAGAGGCUCAGUGCCAGUGGGAGGCGCUGCACGGCUCCCACACGCAUCUCAGCAGCUCUCCAGCACCUCCGCUGGUCCAUCACUCCAUCCUGCACCACACAGCACCCUCUGCUGGAGAGGACAACUACGACACGCUCAGCCUGGAGAGCUCGGACAGCAUCGACACCAGCGUGUCCACCAGCAACAACUCCGCCUGCUCACCAGAUAACAUGUCCAGUGCAAGCGGGAUGGAUGCGCUGAAAAUCGAAGAGAUGGAGAAGCUUCUAAAGGAGGCUCAUCUGGAGAAGGCCAGACUCCUGGAGUCUAAGGAGCGAGAGAGCCAGGCACGUAAACAGCUGCUAGAGGAGGAGAGGAAGAGGAGGGAGGAGGCAGAGAAGAGGCUGCAGGAGGAGACUGUGCACCGGCAGCAGCUCAUCGAGAAGGAGGUGAAGAUGAGAGCAAAGAACUUUUCUCAGGCUCGACCCAUGACGCGCUACCUGCCCAUCCGCAAAGAGGAGUUUGACCUGCGCUCUCAUGUCGAAUCAUCGGGUCACAACGUGGAGACCUGCUAUCACAUCAUCCUGACAGAAAAGAUGUGUAAGGGCUACCUGGUCAAGAUGGGUGGAAAGAUUAAAUCAUGGAAGAAGCGCUGGUUCGUCUUCGAUCGCCUUAAACGCACCUUCUCCUACUACGCCGACAAGCAUGAGAGCAAGCUGAAAGGAGUAAUCUAUUUCCAGGCCAUUGAGGAAGUUUACUACGACCAUUUACGGAGUGCAACGAAGAAAGGAUUUUUCACCCUGAACUUGACAAGUGUACGUAUUUCCGAACACGUCCUGCAUGCAGUCAAGCCUCCUUUUUGCUCGCAGACAAAGCUGAACUGAAUUCUAAAUUCUUUUGCCCUUUAAUCCUCGUCGAUGUGAAUUAGUCACAGACUGGACCUCGGGGUGAUCGUGCUUGUUUCAGGUUUCCACCCGGCCAUGGUGUCGAACGCUUUAGGGUCGGACAGAUUGCAUGGUGUCGAAUAAAAAAAAAAAGAGGAAAAUAUUUUAAAUAUUAUACAUGCAUACGUAGAAAAUAUAUUUUUGUGAUAAUCUGAUCUGUUUAUCUUCAGCACAUUUCUGAACUGCUGCCUCAUCAGUUUCACAAUUGUGUGUGUGUGUUAAUAACUGUGUGUGUGUGUUACUAACUGCAUAUGUGAAUUAUUGUCUGUGUGUAUUUGUUUAUAUUAAUUAUAUUAUGUUUUUUUUUCUGGAUUUCUAGGUUUAAUCUGUUGUUUUUUUUUAAUCAUGAUUAUUGUCUAAUAUUUUAAUAUUACCCAAGAUUGUUUGUGUAUUAAUUGUUCACGAAGGUGGAAAAUUAUGCACAAUGUCAAUCCUGACCACUGUUUUUUUUUUCCUUCUCUCCCUGUCCCUUUUUUUUUUCCUUUUUUUCUUCCAAAUUUUUAUGAAACUCUCAUGAACAGAAUAGUGAGAUUGCCUUCACCGAGUAGCAUAUAUGCAGUGCUUCCUUCAAAUUUGGCCAAAAUAAUGAGCCUUGGAAGACAACUGUCUUAAGCUGUCUUUGGAAUUGGAUUGCCAUUAUUUUCAGGAGAAAAGCCUCGAAACGCUGCCCAGAAAUGUCUGCCAAGACAGUUCAGGGUCCUGAAUGGCAUGCCGUAAAAUUUUAAGGAGAAAAUUGUCUUCAGUAACAAUAUUUUACAUGUUUGAAACGUAAAGAAGGAGACAUUAUGGGACAAGCUGUUUCAUUCUGUACGUAUUAAGCAUGUACACUAUUGUUACCGUGGACAUUUUUUUUCUCCUUAUGUUUUACUGCUUUAGCGACGACCCGGUGGUGUGAUGUGGAAUUUACUCUUGCCACAGAAGCUGAAAAUUUAUUCUUUUUCUUUAACAGCAUAUCCAAAGGGUUUAUUCCACUUAUAAACCUUUUUUUUUUUCCUUUUAAUAACAAAUGCCUCUUUAUACGUUCGAUCCAUUCGUAUAUGUCCGAUGUGGUGGAUUGUCAUAAAACAGGUUAGUUACCAUAACUGAGGAGUCGUUCGCUCGGCAGCAUCUCUGCAAUUUCUCUCUAAAAAUGUUCAUCAGGAGAAAAAACUCCGCUUGUUAAAUUAGAGAGAAGCGGCAAAAUGCGUGUCCUCUUUCCUGAAGACGUUCCUGAGGUAGAAAACUGUGGAAUGCUGCUGCAAUAUAAUGACACCCAGGACUCCUUAUUCUUAAACGUUAAAUAAACGUUAUUCAUAAAUGUUAAAUAAACCCUUACAGAAAAUGUCACCGUAUCAUCAAUUCAAUAUUAAUUUUAUUUUGUGGAUAGAUAGAUAGAUAGAUAGAUAGAUAGAUAGAUAGAUAGAUAGAUAGAUAGAUAGAUAGAUAGAUAGAUAGAUAGAUAGAUAGAUAUAGAUAGAUAGAAAUGAUAUGAGAGAGAGAUGAAUAUUAAACGGUUUCAAAAUUUCUUAGGUAUUAUGUUGCAUAUCUGUCACUUCUCUGUAGCUGUUACUAUAGAAACAGCUAUAUUCAAACAAGCGCACAAGUCGAGUCGGUCAAGUCAAACAAAUAUUAUCUUGUUAUUUUAAUAUCACCAUAUAUAGCGAAAUGAUACAAUGUUCCUUCAGGAUGCUGGUGUUACAAAAAAUGCAGAGCUACAUCAAACUUAACCAAGUAAAUGAACACUGUUUUGUGUGAAAACUUGUGCAAAAAAAAAGAAGACACUAAUACAUCGGUGUAUACAGACCAGCGUAGAGCAGUGUUCAGUUCUGUAGAGUGGAAGUAAUGAUGCGUUGGUUGUAAACAAAUGACAGCAGCAGUUUAGAGCAUUUACAUCAGCCUGUGGUUUGAAUUACAGCUGCCACUUAUGUUAUGGAAAAUGUCUCAACACCUCUAAGAUUAAUCCCUAAUGAACAAGCCUGAGGUGACGGUGGCAAGGAAAAACUCCUUGAGAUGAUAUGAGGAAGAAACCUUGAGAGGAACCAGACUCAGAAGGGAACCUCAUCGUCAUUUAGGUGACACUGGACAUUAUAUAAUAUAAAUAAUGUCAUUUCUGCAACAAUUUGUACUCGAGUGAAUUUAAGCAACCAGGAGCUCCUGAGGAACUAAUAGGUCAGCAUCAUUUCUGAGUUCAUUACAGACUUGACACUAAUUCCUUCCUGGCGAAGUCUUUAAAUGAUCGCAGAUGAAGAACCGAGCACAAAGCUGACUGACGCAACCGAUAUCUGAAAAUGGGAAACUUUUAUAUCAAAUUUCCAAAUUAUGUACCAUAAAUGAACUGAACAGCAUUUGUUUUUAAACCAGUGAUGAGAUGUUGAGCACCAACAGUGUUCUGACUAGCACUAUUUAACUUCUAUUUAAAACCGAAGCGGAAUUAUCCGCGUCGACCCGCAUGCAGGAACCUCAUUCAGAGUGAUGCUAGCAGAUAAGUUUUAUUAUUAAAACCAUAACAGAUGCUCAGUGAUUUCUCUCGUGGCUUAUUUCUCUUUUGUGUC